UUGCCUUGGGGUUGAACUUCUCUGAAAAUACAUUUCCCCAUUCUCAGCGGAAAUUUUGAUUUAAAAAGGACGACAAAUUGGUAGGAUUUGGGAAAUAUAAGCAUGUUGCAAUCCCUGUUCUAUCUGGGCAUUUUGGGUGCCGCCUUGCAGUAUUUCCUCUAUUACAGAGAUUGGGCGAGCUUCAACAGGGAUUUUGUACUGAAAGUUCGACCAGGAAAAUGCCAUUUAGCUAGAGAGCAUGGAGGGACGGAGGACGUUGAUUAUGUUGGCGACAGUAUAAUACUUGCAUCCGCUGGUUUCAACUGGGAGGGUGACGUAGGUCAACUAUUGGCGUUCAAUAUUAGCGGGGAGAAGACGCAGGAAAUCACCCUCAACAUCUCCAAUAGUCCUCGGCGGGCGGACUUCCUGGGUGCCCCACAUGGGAUCACCACGUGGACGGAUCCAGACACAGGCGAAGUUUUUCUGUACGUCCUCACCCACCCGAAGGCGGAAGACCGAAUCGAGGUGUUCGAGGUCCAGAAGAGUCCCGUCUCUCUUCGGUAUAUUCGAACCAUCACCGACCCAAACUUCUCAUUCAUGAACGAUCUCAUAGCAGUGGGCCGGGACCAGUUUUACAUCACCCGCUAUAACUGGUACCGUUCCGGUGACUGGGUCAAGCUUGCCCACUGGUUGCACAUCAAGGAGGGUACUAUCUUUUACUACGACGGACAUCGGGCCCGACAGGCUGUCAGCGAAACGUACUUCCUGUCGAAUGGCAUCAGCGUUUCCCCGGACAAACGGACGGUCUACAUGGCUGAGUGGGGCAAGAAGACGCUACACGCCUACCGUCGGGAAUCCAACAACAAACUAAAGCCGCUCUGGAAAGAGUACCUGGACACAGGCAUUGAUAAUAUCAACGUGGACCAAGAGACUGGUGACCUCUGGAUCGGCUCUCAUCCCGUCACGUGGAGGAUCGUGGACUUUUUUGGAAUCUUCGGCAAGCAUACCGCUCCAAGUCAGGUGCUUCGUGUGAAGGUCAGCGAUGGCGGAGUAGAUGCUGUUGAGGAGAUUUAUUCGGAUAAUGGGGAGGAAAUUGCCGGCUCCACCGCCGCUGUCUAUGCAGAGGGCAAGCUUAUGGUUGCCAGCGUCUUCGAGCAGGCGAUUACUUGUGACGUCGAAUACCUGUCUAAGUAGACCGGGCGUCAUUUGUGAUUGAAUAAUGACUGACAUCAUCAGAACUGCAUGACUGUGCCGUCAGUUGUCAAGAAACAAGAUGUCUUUGAUUAAUUGUAUCGUGUUUUCUCAGAAUGCCAUGUUUAAAGACUACGAUGAUAAUCGAUGACUUUAUAUAGGUUUUGUAAAGAUUGAUGUAGACCUUCAAUGUAGUCAUUAACUAUCAUAUGUAGAUACAUCUAAGAUAGAGA